AUGGCGGAGCAAACCGAGAAGGCUUAUUUGAAGCAACCUAAAGUGUUUCUAUGCUCAAAGGUUUCCGGGAAGGGGAAGAGACCUGGUAAGGGUGGGAAUCGGUUCUGGAAAUCUGUUGGACUUGGAUUUAAGACUCCAAAGGAUGCCAUUGAAGGAACCUAUAUUGACAAGAAGUGCCCAUUCACUGGCAAUGUCUCAAUCCGUGGUCGAAUCAUAGCUGGUACUUGUCAUAGUUCUAAGAUGAAUAGGACCAUCAUUGUUAGGAGAAAUUAUCUUCAUUUCAUCAAGAAGUAUCAGAGAUAUGAGAAGCGUCAUUCUAAUAUCCCUGCACACGUUUCACCUUGUUUCCGAGUGAAGGAAGGAGAUCAUGUUAUUAUUGGCCAAUGCAGGCCACUUUCAAAAACAGUCAGGUUCAAUGUAUUGAAAGUCAUCCCAGCUGGGUCUUCUAAUCUUGCGAAGAAGGCAUUUACAGGAAUAUGA